GAUUUUGCAACCUACGACUGCACGAUGGACCGCCGGGACGCGACGACGGACGCCGACGAGCAGAUGAAGAAGAAGAAGCAGGAGGAGGAGGAAGCCAAGGACGAGGUCAAGACGACGUCGCCAGCGCGGCUGCAUGUGCCAAGCGUCCUCGACGAAGCGGACGACAAGAUCGAGUACCGGUCGAUCGCGGCCAUGGCCAUGCCGCAGCAGUUUGGCCCGGGUCUUGGCCACAUGCACCAAGCGCCCGCGUUCACGAUGGCGGCGCCGGCGCCGUUUAGCGCCCGCGCCAAGCCGCGCCAGGCCCAUACGCCGUCGGAGCCGCGCAUCGCGAUGGUCGACCCGACCAACUAUGCUAAGACGAUGCCGAAAGCGCUGCCACCGCCGCCGUUCCGCCUCGAGAUGCACUCGCACUUUCACGUCAAACCUACGAGCCUUCAGCGCCUCUGCAUGACGAUCGGCCAGAAGCUCAUGGAUAUGGGCGCCGACUUUGUCUUUAAGGCCGAGAAGGGCAAGUGGAAGGUCUCGCGCGUGGUCGGCGCGAGCCGCGUCCAGCUGAACGUGACGUUGUUCAAGGCCGGCGCCGAGCUUGUGGUCGAGUUCCAACGCCGGGACGGCGACAUUGUAAGCAUGAUGGACAUGUACGGCGAGGCCGUCGACGCGUGUAAGAAGCAGCAACUCCUCAGUGGUCAAGGAGCGACCAAGCCGCUCAAGCACAAGCGCCCGGCGCCGCUGACCGUGCCGUCGACCACCGCGUCGCCCACGGACCUCCACGUCAAGGACGCGGUGCGGUCUCUCCAAGAGAUGCUGACGAGCAAGCACAGCGACGUGCAGCUCCAGGGCGUGCUAGCCAGCAUCUCGCUGGCGACGACGCCGCAGUACAAGGACAUUAUGGCCGCGCUGGUGCCCCACCUCGUGCGCCUCACGACAUCCUCGGACAAGAAGAUUGUCCAGUGCACGUCGUUUGCGCUUGCGCGGCUCUGCGACGACCCGGAGUGCCGUCGCGCGUUCAUCAACUGCGACGGGUGGCAAGUCAUCAUGACGAUGGCGGCCGGCGGCGCCGAGGUUGCCUCGGACUUGCAGCGUGAAAGCCUGCACAUCCUCGAGAUCCUCUGCCCCUUGUACUACGAGGAGCUCGCAAACGCCGACGGCGCGAGCGCCGUCUUGGCGCUCAUCCAAGAAUGGGAAUCCAUUGUCGACCCUCGAUUGAAGAAGCAUGCUUGUGGAGCCCACCGCGCGCUGCAACGCGCCGGUUUGCUCGCAUGAGCUCGUCGACAUGGCCCCGAAAAAGCACAGCGUAUGUACCAUAGACGACUCGCACGGACCCAAGUAGUCGGGACAGACACACGGUGGUCUCAUAAUGCGCAACAAAGAUUAGGUUUAGUUUGUAUCUUG